AUGGACAAGAAACUCGUGGGAAUUAAUGAGUCGAAAACGAAGUGUCAAGCCAUCACCGCAUCAAUUAAGAUCCAAGCGGUGGCUACAGGAGCUUUUCACUUCGUCGCUUGGUUCUUUCCCGGUGCACAGGCGAUGACAAUUCUAACGAUGUCCGCGGUGGAUGGCGACCCAGUGGGUGGUCUAUGCUACGUCGGGGCCACGAGCUUAACUAAUCUCAAGGCCUUCGUCCUAGCUCCCCUCUGCUUCUACCUCGGCCUCGGUACCAUCUUCCUGCUGGCUGGCUUUGUCGCCCUCUUCCGUAUUCGCAGUGUCAUCAAGUUGCAAGCGCCGAGCGGCGCCAAAACGGAGAAGCUGGAAAAGCUAAUGAUUCGCAUUAGCAUUUUUGGCGUCCUCUACACGGUACCGGCCGCGGUGGUUAUCGCCUGUGUCGCCUACGAAAUGAUGAAUCGGGAGACCUGGCAACUGGUGCACAACUGCCGUUGUACCGACAGUUCCCUGGGUCACCUCUACUCGGCUGUGGAUGGACAACUGAGCCAGGAGCUGGUCCGCUCGGCAGAGACCAUACUCUCCGAGCACAAGCGUCUCUUCAAGUUGGGUGAGCCGGAGGGCCAGCCGGCC